AUGCCGCCCAAGUUUACGCCACGUCUGCGAAAGCAGAAACACCGGCAAGCCCAGGCCAAUGAGCAGGCCGAUACCAACGCCGCGCAGCUCGAGCCGGUCUCCAAGGACGAGAAAGAGGCACGACGACAGAAGCUGCAGGAGGAACUACGGGAACAGCAUACCAAUGUCUCCGCAAAGAAACAAAAGCGUCUAGACAAGUAUAUUGAAAACAAACUUCGAAAGGAAGAGAACAUCGAAUUGUUGAAGAAACUCGCCAAAUCCUCGGUCGAUACCUCUUCACUGCAGAGUUCUAAAGAUUUGGGCAAGCGCAAGAGACAGGAAGACGAAUCACUCCUACCGAAGCUUGGUCAAGCAGCGAAACGCGAUGCUCCCGCCGACCUCUCCGGAGAUGAGACCGACGACUCGGAUGUCCAUCUCAAGGUGUCCGACCCCGCGACAGACCCGGAGGUGGAAUCAAAGACACAACCUGAUGUAGCUGUUGGUAGUGGAUUGAAGCGGCCUCUGGAGCUCGGGCCUGAUGGAUUCCCGGUUCUCAAGAAGCGCAAGCGCGCACCGAAGAAGAAGCCCGCACCUAAACCUGCACCAGAGGUUGCAUGGGAGGGCUUCGAUUCAGAUGAGGAAGAGGGCGAGGACGACGAGGAGGAAGAUGUGAGCGACAAGGACGAGGCUGGGUCCGAAAGUGAUUUUGAGGAGGGUUCUGAAGAUGAAGUGGGUACUUCCUCCGAGGGCUCUUCGGAGAAUGAAGAUGACUCUGAAGAUGAAGAGGACGAAGACGAGGACGAAGAUAUGGACGACGAGUCUGCAAAGAUCCAACCGCGCCAGUCAGCCUUCAAAUCUUGGGCGGUUCAACAAAUCAACGAAGCAGUGGGUUUCAAACCGAAUGACGGCGAGGCCAUCUCCCAGCAAGAGCAGGUAUUCGACCCAUCCAAAUUGCCGCAGAAGGUCAGCGAGGAAGAGCCUCUUCCCCGAGAGCUCCAGGUUACCCAUGGCGAUCCCAACCGCAAGGCAUACAGUGUCCCGGUGGACCGCUCGGAGGAGAUCCAAGCCGCCCGUCUCGGUCUGCCUGUCGUCGGCGAGGAGCAGAAGAUCAUGGAAGCUAUCCACAACAACUCCACCGUGGUCAUCUGGGGUGCUACUGGUAGCGGGAAAACAACUCAGCUUCCCCAGUUCCUCUUCGAAUCUGGUUUCGGCAGCCCAGACAGCCCGAACCCCGGUCUUAUUGGUGUCACGCAGCCUCGACGAGUUGCGGCCGUAAGUAUGGCAAACCGUGUGUCCCAAGAACUGGGUCAACAUGCCGACAAAGUCUCAUAUCAAAUUCGAUUUGAGAGCACUGCUUCCAAGAAAACCGCUAUCAAAUUCAUGACUGAUGGUAUCCUGUUGCGAGAGAUUGCGGAUGACUUUGCCCUCCGUAAAUACUCUAUCAUCCUCAUUGAUGAGGCUCACGAGCGAAGCGUCAACACCGAUAUUCUGAUUGGAAUGGUCAGUCGUAUCGUUGAUCUGCGCAAGUCGUUGAGCGAGGAGGAUCCGUCCGUGAAGCCCUUGAAGGUCGUCAUCAUGUCGGCCACUCUGCGAAUCUCCGAUUUCACUGAAAACGCGAGUUUGUUCCGCCAUGGUGCACCUCCCUUGGUUCAGGCCGAGGGUCGGCAGUACCCUGUCUCUGUGCAUUUCUCUCGCCGCACUCAGCGCGAUUACGUUGAGGAUGCGUUCCGCAAGGUAUCCCGUGGACACCGCAAGCUACCUCCCGGUGGAAUGCUUGUGUUCUUGACUGGACAAAAUGAAAUUCGCCAGCUUUCCAAGCGAUUGAAGCAGGCUUUCAAGCCAACACAGCGAGGAGAUACUACGAACGCAAAGGUGCAGCUUUCGGCCAACGAAGCACCUCUGGAAGCCGAGGAUCUAGAGCUGGGUGAGACAGAGAUGGACAAUACUGGCGUUGACGAUUAUGACAGCGACAUGGAAAUUACAGGCCUGGAUGACGAAGAGGAAGACGACGGCUUCGAUCUCGGCGAAGAGGCUAUGGACUCAUCAACACGCGUCCACGUUUUGCCUCUCUACUCGCAACUCCCCACAAAGGAACAGAUGAAGGUCUUCGAGCCGCCACCAGAGAACUCUCGUCUCAUCAUCCUCGCAACCAACGUUGCUGAAACCUCUUUGACCAUCCCCGGCAUCAAGUACGUCUUCGACUGCGGUCGAGCCAAGGAGAAGCAAUUCGAUCUGUUCACAGGUGUCCAGAGCUUCCAAAUCGGCUGGAUCAGCAAGGCCAGCGCAAACCAGCGAGCCGGUCGUGCCGGUCGAACAGGCCCAGGUCACUGCUACAGAAUGUACUCAUCUGCAGUAUACGAAGGCGAGUUUGCCGAAUACACCGAACCCGAGAUCCUGCGCACACCCAUCGAAGGCGUCGUCCUCCAGAUGAAGAGCAUGGGCCUGCACAACGUCAUCAACUUCCCCUUCCCAACACCCCCAAGCCGCCAGGGUCUCGCAAAGGCCGAAAAGCUCCUGAAGAACCUCGGCGCGCUCUCAGCCGACGGCCAAGUCACCCCAAUCGGCCGCCGUCUCUCAACAUACCCGCUCUCCCCACGGUUCAGCAAGAUGCUCCACAUCGGCCACCAGCACGGCUGCAUGCCCUAUGUGAUAGCCCUAGUAGCAGCCCUUGCAGUGGGCGACCUUUUCAUCCCAGAAAACCAACUGGACCCGAACCCCCCAGCCCCCAAAAAGACCAACGACGACUCAGACUCGGACUCAGAUGUCGAAAAGAAACAAAUCUACACAAAUGCAGACCGCCUCGAAGACACAGAACGCGAACAACGCAACAAAGCCCACGCCCGCGCCCACCGCCUCUUCAGCAAACACGACGACACAUCCGACGCCCUAAAAGCCCUAAGCGCAAUCUGUGCCUACGCCUACGCCUCGGACGGCGAAGCGUUCAGCGACAAAAUGUUCCUCCGCGCAAAGGCCUUCAAAGAAGCAACCCAGCUCCGCCGCCAACUAACUGACAUCGUGCGCUCCAACAACCCAGGCCAAGUCCCCGAUUACCAACCCCGCCUCCCAGAACCAUCCGCCAAACAAAUUAAAGCGCUCAAGCAAAUCGUCACAGCUGGUUUCAUCGAUCAGGUCGCUAUCCGCGCUGAUCUGGCCCCCGUCCCGCCGGAGAAUCAGCGCGCCUCCCGUCGUGCCAUCGACGUGCCGUAUCUUACCCUCUUCCGCUCGCGCGAUGGGAGUGGACAUCAGGAAUUAGCGGAGCGUGCUGUUUACGUGCAUCCGUCUUCCCUACUGGCUAAACUAUCGCCGAGGGAAAUGCCCCAGUAUAUCAUCUACUCGCAUCUGCAGCAGUCGUCUGCGGCGUUGGUGACUGAUGCCCUGCCGAAGAUCCGUAUGUUCCCACUUGUCGUCCCCAGUGGACUUCAGCUUGCUGCUAUUGCGCACGAUACGCCGCUUAUUGAGUAUGGGAAGCCGAUUGGGAAGGCCGAUGCGUUGGAUGGCGUCCCGCCUAGGAGGUCGUGUUGGGUUGUUCCCUCGCUUGUUGGCGAUGCUGGGAGUACCGGUUGGCCUAUGCCUGCUAAGAAGGUUGUUCAGAAGAAGGACCCCAAGGCUGGGUGGGUUAUUGAGAAGUUUGUUGCUUGA